AUGCCGCCACUGGACGCCUUCAACCGCAGAUUCGACAACUUGAUGAGAAACCGUACUGAGUUUUUCAUAGAUCACUUUCUCGAGAGGUAUUUCCUCGCCAUCUCGCUUCCGCAAAUGAGCGCCAACGAACCCACCCACUACGAGCUCGCAGAGAGAUGUGCUCGCAUCCGCACCGAGAUCAAUGCAUGUGAGAAACAGCGACUCUCGGCGCAGCAGGGCGAGUUGAGCAUCAGAGCGGAUGCAAGCGCGGUGAUCAAGAUGGUCGAGAAGAUCAGGACAAGAGAACCGUGGUCUUACCAGAACCUCGUCUUCUUCCGACAGUUGUACGAAGACUUUCACGACCGCGUCUAUCAGCCGUUCUUGCAGACUCACAGAGCACCUUGGGGAGAGGUUGACAGGCUUUGGCAGGUCCAAGACUGCCUUGCUGACGUUGAGACGGCGCUGAUGUCCAUACGAAUUCCACAACGGCGCCGCCGGCUGCGGCCACCAAGGGCCUUGGCGGCCAAGCAGAAGAAGUGA